GAACUUCUACUACAUCACAAUGCUGAGGGACCCGGUAUCACGUUACUUGAGUGAGUGGAAGCAUGUCCAAAGAGGUGCAACAUGGAAGACUUCUCUCCAUAUGUGUGAUGGGAGGAGCCCCACACCGGAGGAACUGCCUAUGUGUUACCUAGGAGAUGACUGGUCUGGGGUCAGCUUACAGGAGUUCAUGAACUGUAGCCACAAUCUGGCUAACAACCGCCAGGUGCGCAUGCUGGCCGACCUUAGCCUGGUUGGGUGUUAUAAUUUGACUUCUAUGAAUGAAAGUGAAAGAAAUAUGAUCCUUCUACAAAGCGCCAAGAACAACCUGAAAAACAUGGCCUUUUUUGGACUCACAGAGUUUCAGAGGAAAACUCAGUAUCUUUUUGAGAGGACAUUCAACCUGGAGUUUAUCUCCCCUUUCACUCAGUACAACAUCACACGAGCCUCUAAUGUGGAUAUCAGUGAGUCCGUGAGGAAGCACAUAGAAGAGCUGAACUUCCUGGAUAUGCAGCUAUAUGAGUUUGCUAAAGACCUCUUUCUGCAGCGAUUUCAAUAUGCCAAACAAGAAGAGCAUGAACAAAAUCGUCAAAAACGACGGGAAGAACGGAAAAUAUUGCGUGAGCAGAAGGUUCAUGAAUGGCAAAAGGAGGGAGAAGAAGAAAUCACUGUUACUGAGGAUUAUAACAGUCAGGUGGAACGCUGGUGA